UUUUCUCACUUUCUCAAAACAGACCGUGUGGUGUCCUCUGAGAGCAGCUGUUCAGGGCAGAGAUGUUCUGCAUCCACCAAGAAGUCAAGAGACCUGUGUCCAGUGCCUCCGGCUCUCUCCUCCACACCAUGAAAGCACCCGUCAUCCUCUACGUCCUCUUGGCUUUCCUAGACCAAGGCAGCUCUCUCCAGUGUGAAGUUUGCCGUGAGAAACGGGACAGCUGUUCUGGCUCCAUGGAGACCUGCAAUCCAGGCCAUGAUACCUGCGGUAUUAUCAAAAGUGAAACGAUACUAGGGGAGUUGAAGUCGCGGACUUACACAAAGUCCUGUCUCAGCUCUGAUGCGUGUCGCAAUCCCUUUCUUAGCAUGGACUUUGGGAAAGGAAUAAGACAAAGAACCAGUAUCGCCUGCUGCACCGGGGAGGCCUGUCGAACUACAUCUGUCCAGUUGCCACCAGUGAACACCACUCUCAAUGGCUUGCAGUGUCCAGCGUGCUACAGUGUUGGAUCUUAUGACUGUGGCAACGAGAUUGUGUAUUGUGCCGGGUCUGACACCUACUGCUUUGAUAUAGCAGGGACACUUCUCACAGGGGAAGUCAGUGUGAAAGCCGCAAUGAAAGGCUGCACCACUCUGUCUGAGUGCAAAGUGCCACAAGGAGAGACGAAGGCACUCCAUGUCUUGUCCAUGAAUUUUACUAGGUUUGAAUGCAAGCCAGCUUCUUCUGCAGCCAGCAAGGCUUCUGGAUGGACCCUGCGAGCCAUCCUCUGGUUUCCCAUCAUGGCCAGGCUCAUCUUGACCAAGACCAUUUCCUGAUGUUCCCAAGGGGCAAGAAAUGCAAAGUCUGAUGAUGGAAAUCAUAAUGCUACAUAAUACUCUGCCUCCUUGCUUUUGUGCGAUUCUUUCUGCUACGGCUUCUGUCCGUGGGUGGCUCUUUUCCCUCUGGGUCUGGAAACAAGACAUGGUCAUACUGAUGUGAACGAGGAGAAAACACACAACAUUUCACCCUACUGUAUUCCCUUUUACUACAAGCUAGGGUAAAGUUAUUCCAGGAAAAAUCAGAGGUCAAACUUGUGUCCCCUCUUAAACUUGAUAUGCUUACAUUGGUGUAUGCAAGUCAUGAAGUGAAACCAGCAUUAAUGAGUCAUGUCCAGCUCA